CUUCGGACACUUAGAUCUUCAGAAGAGGCAUUGAGAACCUCCCUUUCAAAUGGAUAGGGAGGGAGCACUAACUACCAUACUUAGUACUAGCAGUCAAAUUAUCCCUCAAAUGGAGACUCCUUCUCAAAUGGAUGAUGGCGGCACAAGCAGUAAUGACUGGACUCCACAAAUGGGUAUGGAAUUUAAUGAUGUAGAUGAGGCAUGGGAGUUUUGGAAGAUAUAUGCAUUAAAAAUUGGUUUUGGUGUACGUAGAAGAGUUACUAACAAAGGGAAGGAUGGUUCCAUAACUUCUACACGCUUUUGUUGUGCAAAAGAGGGACAUCAACAAAAAGAUAAAUGGUUGGAAUUAGUAAAAAAGUCUAGGCCCGAAACGAGGAUGGACUGUCAUGCCCGAAUGGGAAUAAAAUUAGUUCGAAAGAGCGGUAAAUAUUUUGUGUAUGAUUUUGAGUCGAUGCAUUCCCAUCCACUCCACUUUGCAGAGUGUACUCACUUGAUAUGGUCACAUAGGCAAAUAAGCGAUGUCCAAGCUCAGCAAAUUGUGUUGGGCGACAAUGCAUGCCUCACACAGAGACAACAGCAUGACUUGUCUAGUGUACGAUCUGGGGGAAGAGAAAAUGUUGGUUACACGAGGGUUGAUGUGAAAAACUAUCUUCGCACUAAACGAGGGAGAUACAUGGAGUUUGGAGACACGUGAUGUUUAUUGAAGUACUUUGAAAAACGACGGAUCUUAGACACAUCUUUCUUUUAUGCUGUCCAACUUGAUAGUAAUGAGCAAAUAACAAACAUA